AAAUACCAAUGAAAGUAAAAACAUCAAAAAUAAAAUUCAAAUUCUAGCUAUAUUGUGACAUCACUUAGGGCGGAUGAAUAUUUCGUUUCGUUGGGCAACAGUUGCCUCGAGACAGAACGCCAUAGCCACCGUAGUCUUGGAGACAGUAACAAGGUGCAUCAUGCAGCAGGCGGCAAGCGUUCAAGUCGCUUCGAGUCAGCAGGCAUCAGUGGUCACCGUGCCACACAACCAAAUACCUGUGGCACAAUAUGUCAGUGUCACGGCAGGAAAACAAGAUCUGAAUACAUCAGAUGCUGGGAAGCAAAUGGGAGGCGGGCAAGGACAGAUGCCUUGUAAAACAGAGGAAGAACCUAGGCCUGCCCAUACAGCUGUACUGCAGCAGGCCAUGGAUUUAACAAUAAACAGCAAAGUUAAAACAGAACGACAUGGAUCCAUGGAUUCUAAAACAAUGGAAUUUGUUGCUGAGAGUAAUAUUUUGAAGACAGUUACAAUAAGAAGAGUAGAUUGUCAGUCACCGCCAGUUAAAUUAAGAGUUUUGGAUUUAAAAAAGGAGGCAGAUAUAGCUUGCCAGAUUUUACAGAUAAAACAGGAGAAAGAGAACGCAGAUCCUAGACUGCUUCAGCAAGUUUAUCAAGGAGGACAGAUACAAUACGUUGAAUCUCCAGGAGAUCAUAUUUAUGCCAAUGGAUCAGGCGCUACUUCUUACCAAUACACAGACGGAACACAGCUCUAUACAAACAGUCACAGUCAGAAUACCAACAGCACAACUAAUGCUUUGUUCUUUGAUACAUCAGUAACCGGCCAUCAGCCUACCAUGGUCAGCUCAUUACAAGCCCAUCAUGCUCAAUUACAAGCAGGUGCUGCAUCUCACCACAACAUGGGCCAGAUAGUAGCAACUCCCACGGGGGGUACUUAUAUCAUCAGAACCCCAGGUGGGGCAGCGGGAGGAGAAGGAAUCCUUGCAAUGCCGAUCAAUCACAACACACGUGCUUCUCCCGCAACUGUAAGUCACUUCAGGCGGGAGCCAAAAACAGUACAAUGGUUGAUGGAACAUUUUGAGAAUUCGGAAGGAGUGUCACUUCCACGUGCACUCAUGUAUCAUCAUUAUUUACUUCAUUGUAGAGAACAAACUCUUGAUCCUGUCAAUGCUGCUUCAUUUGGCAAACUUGUGAGAUCUGUCUUCAUGGGACUGAGAACCAGAAGACUUGGUACCAGAGGAAACUCAAAAUAUCAUUAUUAUGGUAUAAGAAUAAAGGCAUCUUCACCGCUGAACAGAUUACAAGAAGAAGUGGCUUAUGCUGCCAUGAGACAUCCCGGGAAUCACGCGAAAAGAGCUAAAGUCACACAUUCUAACGAAAAGAUGGAAACUACGGAAUCGGGAAGCAAUUCACCCGGAACAAAUGCAGCAGAACAAGUGCAACAUCAUCAAAAAUUUUUAGGCGAUGUGUCGCAAGCUAUUCCAGAUCUUGAUCCAAUACAGUUUGAUCGUCAGACAGAUCCAUUUCCUGACGGAGUGACUCAGGAUGAUUUAUCAGCACUAGAAGAUUUAUACAGAGAUCAUUGCUCUGGUAUACUUGAUAUCAUCGUCACAUUACAAUUCCCAAUGGUAGAUGAACUAUGGCAUACUUUCUGGAGAAGCAACAAACCCAUGGAUGCCGCACAGCUAAUGAAUGAUGAGAUGGAGUCAAAAUUAUCCCACAAUAAACUAUUACUACUUUGUUCCUGGAAACCUGUACAGAAAUGGGUUAAAGAUUGUGACCAUCUGAUGUACCAGAGUUUGGUCGAUGUUCUUAUUCCUGACGUACUUCGGCCAAUUCCAAGUGCCCUCACACAAGCAAUCCGUAAUUUUGCCAAAGGAUUGGAAGCUAGUCUCAGUGCAGCCUUAACUGGUGGAUCAAUACCAGAAAAUAUGGUUAGAAUUAAGACAACAGCAGUCUCUGCAUUUUCUCAAACACUCAGGAGAUAUACUUCACUCAAUCAUCUUGCUCAAGCAGCUCGUGCUGUUCUUCACAACGGAACUCAGAUUAAUCAAAUGCUGUCUGAUCUCAACAGAGUAGAUUUCACAAAUGUACAGGAACAAGCAUCGUGGGUUUGUCAGUGUGAUGCAGGAAUCGUAAAACGUCUUGAAACAGAAUUCAAAGCAGCUUUAUCAGAGCAAAGGACAUUGGAACAAUGGGCUGAAUGGUUGGAAUCAGUUGUUCACGAUGUACUACGACCUCAUGAAGAAUCUCCCAGAUUUACAAAGGCUGCAAGACAGUUUUUGCUCAAGUGGUGUUUCUAUAGUUCAAUGGUGAUACGUGAUUUGACAUUGAGAUCAGCAGCUAGUUUUGGAAGUUUCCAUUUGAUUCGACUUCUGUAUGAUGAAUACAUGUUCUAUCUUGUUGAACACCGAGUUGCACAAGCGACAGGGGACACACCUAUUGCUGUUAUGAGUGACUUCUCUGAUCUUGCAAGAGGAGAAAUGAACGAUCUCAAAUCCGGAGUUGGGCAGGAUGAUGCAAUCAGACAAUCUAAGAAGAAUGAUCAAGAUAGAUUCAUCACUAAAGCAUCACCAAGUUAAAUUGAGGCAAAGUGAAGAAUUUAUUUCUACAAGAAUGUAAGACAGUUUUGAUCGUAAAGCAAAGAUGGAAUUAUCAUACUGUUACACAACGUAUAAGUAUGAAUAUUCAAAAACAUCCCGUGUAAAGAUAUCAGAAUACACAGCAUUCUAAUACAUUUGACAAGCAGAGCGAAAAUUACCUCUCAAAUGGAAUAUAUAGACCUAUUUUAUAUGGAUAAAUAAAGAACUGACUUGUCUAUCUAUAUUUAAACAUUGGCAUUGUAUAUCUUAAUGACUCUUUUACAUAAUAUAUGCUUCAGGGGAGAGCAGAGCAAUUUCAUAUUUUUCUCCAAAUAACAACGGUUCUAAACCUUUUUUCUUUCAUGUAACACAUUGUUGCGCAAAACAAUCUAUGGCUCAUGAACUUUCUCGUGUAGGGAAAAACUAUAAGAAAAACAAGAAAUUCUUUUUGCGAAGAUGGACACUUUAAAUAAUUAAAAUGAGAAUUACCACCCGGUGACAAUUGGUAAUUUUUAAUAGGUUUGCGGCCCAAAGGUGGGCCAUGGCCUACUGAUUGAGAACCAGUGCUCUAUGCCAGGGGUGCACAACUCAAAUGAGGACACGUGCCAAAUUUUUCUAAAUAUUCUUGUCGCGUGCCACACACAAUCGUUGGUAUGGACCUUUUCCCGACCUUUGACCCUCGUAAAAUUCUUCCUAUACUUUACCUUUGCAAAAUUUUCGUGCCUCGUGUUGUGCACCCCUGCUCUAUGCUAAUCAAGAUCUUGAAAAUUCUGGUGUUUACAUGAUUAAUACUGUUUUACUGAUGAAUUACAUAUAUUAUACCACUGGAUAUUGGCAAUUAAUUGGCCAUGCAACAGUAAUUAUUGAUUGGGCCAUAUUUGAUACAGACAUAAUUCUGAAUAAUAAAGGACAAUUGGUGAGAGAUGCGAGCAAGCAUUUCCUUCUGUGCCUCAUGAUUGGCCUGAUAUAAUAUGUCACAUUUCAUUUUUGGUAUCGAGCAAUAAUAAUACUUUUAGUAACUGAUAUCGUAAUAUCUUAUUUCUUUAUUUAUCAUUUUUCAUAGACUUGAAGUAUGAUUUUGCAAUGGUCAUUAGAGGCGCUAGUGUGCCACAAGUUUUUGACAAAGAAUAUGAUGAAUUUUAUGUGAUACGCCGUUUCAAACUUGAGCUAUGGCAAACAGAGCAUCAAUAUUUGAUGAUUGCAAAAAAUGAUUUUAUAUUUAGUUCAUUCACAUUCAUUUUCAGAUGAUUUUUAAUGAACCUGACUAGUGAAUACAUUCUAACACAUUCGUUGUUGCUGCUAUUUAUCUAUUUUUAUUAUUCUUUGUAACCCGUUUUUAAAUUUUGUUCCCAAUCCUCAACCUGACUGAAACCUUUAUUUCUAUCAGUAAUAAUUGUAAUUCUUGAAUUAUAACAAAGCUCCAGACAAGCAGAAACCCAUUCAACAAUAUUCACAAUUCGAUUUGUCCCAUCUUAUCGAAUUUCCUCUUAUUCUAUUAAUAUACUGUUAUCUACUCCAGGGGGGUGCAACCUGCGGCUCACGGGCCAAAUGCGAUCCACAAGGAAAAAUUUUGCGGCCCGCGGAGAAGUUUCAAUUUCGAAUACCUCAGUCCAAUUUAUUAGCGAUACCUAUGACGUUACAAUGCCCUAACAGCUAUUUUGUGCAAGGAGAACAGCGCGUCAUGUCAUGAGAUCAAUAACCAAAAUUUUUUGUGUCUGCGGUUUUACUUAGUUAUUUGUUUUUGGCACACCUGCAUUGAAGAUUGCACACCUCUGAUCUACACCAUGGAACUAAUUGAAAUGGCAUCCAUUUGCUUGUAAAUUUCAGAGUAAUAAACGCAGACACCUUCAAUGCAAUCGGUAUAUGAACCAAAGAUGCCUAGCUAAUGAAUCCACUUAGAGCAGUUGCAAAUGACCUAUUUUUUUUUUUUUUUGUGAAAGAGCAUUUUUUACAUUUUUUCAUCUAGGAUAUACAAUUUACCGAUAUAAUUUGGUGAUUUUAAAUUUUUUAAUUAAAAAUGCGACAUUGAGAUAUUUCUACUCGAGAUUGAAUUCACUAAUUGUAUAAAAUCUGUGCCUGCUAUCAACACAAUUGCGUUCCAUAUUGGAAGAGUUUGAAAUGUAUUUGUAAAUAUGCUUCAUUGUACGUAGUUAUUUAAGUAUAACUAUAAUUAUUUUAAUUUCUUUCUUAUUUACUGCCAUGAUUCCUGUAGUAGUAUACUUCGAGUUAAAC